CCUGUCAUUUGUGGUUUGAGGGGCUGUGCGCGCGCAUCUCCUGCAUUAUGGCCGCAUGUAGCCGCUUGUCAAGUUUGGGGAUUCGAGUUUUGGCGCAGCGUGUCCCAUGGCAGGGGCGUUGCUGUUUACAGGAGACGGCUCAGCUUGUAGGAGUACGCAGGCAAGUCGCUUGUCGCUUCCUUGCGCAACUAACUCCGAGAAACAACAUUAAAUUUAAGCUGGAUGAGAAGACGGCACAUAGCAGUCUUGAACUCUUCAAGAAAGAUACAGGAGUGUUAUACUACAUGCUGGGCGUGGAUCCAACGAAGGUGCCUGCUAACCCAGAGCGUUUUCGUGAAUGGGCAGUAGUUUUUGGUGACACAGCUAUUACAACAGGCCGUCACUACUGGGAGGUAUCGGUUUGCAAGUCUCAAGCAUUUCGUAUUGGAGUUGCAGAUUCUGACAUGUCUAGAGAGGACUGUAUUGGAACUAAUAAUAGCUCUUGGGUUUUCGGCUAUACACACCGAAAAUGGUAUGCAAUGACAACUAAUGAGAUGGUACCUGUUUCCUUGGUUGGAAAGCCUGACAGGGUUGGGCUCCUUUUGGACUAUGAAGGACAAAAAUUAGCACUAGUGGACCCAGAAAAGCAAUCCAUUAUCUAUGUUAUGAAUACAAAUUUCAAAACCCCACUUUGUCCUGCUUUUGCACUUUGGGAUGGAGAGCUGGUAACUCACUCUGAACUGCAAAUACCUGAUAGCUUUUAAAACCUUGAAACUUAAAUUCUAUAACACGUCAGUGAAUUGUUUUUUUUUUUUUUUUUUUUUUUAAACUUUGCUGUGUUUAUACUUGAUUUUGAUUAUGUGUAGUCAGCCUUGACGGGUGUCAUUUAAACAAGGAAGCAUCUUCCCAAAGUAUCGUUUACAACACUUUUUUAGAUUCAAAUGAAGUUUGUGUAAAAUGCAGUUGUAUCUGAGUUAAGCAACCUGGGUUUAGUAAAUUGGAAUAAAAUACUUUCUAAUUGCCUUUAUAAGUGACAUAUGAAAAACUAAAGCAAAUAAUAAUAAUCAGGGAGAACAGGUUUUGAGUGCUAAUUGAACACCGUUGGGUGAUUCAAACAAGAUGAGCUCAAACGGCUUACAGAAAUCAAGCUAUUUGUACUAUAAAGAUAUACACUAUAGGCAGCAAGGUGCUGUGAAAUACAUUUAUAUUACUUGCGUUGGUUGAUUUUCAGUAAUAAAGGAAACCGGAUGGAUGUGAAUAAAAUAUCAGUUGUGGUGUUCUCCUGGUGGGAUACAUUAGUUUAAGGAAAUGGUGAGAACCUCUCACAUUUAUGUAGGCCAAUGCUGUAUAAUGGUAGUCCUCUUCAGAUGAAGUACUGCUGUAAACUUAAGGUGUAUUUGCAGCGGCCUUCCAAUGCAGAUUGUAGUUAACCCUUUAAUCCCCUUCUGAAUCUGUCUGGUUAAUGUUGCACUUUACUGAAGUUACAGUGCUAGAGCAGCAGGUUAUAAGGCAUACAAGUGAUAUCGCAUGAUUUACUGAUUAUUGUAGCCAUAUUUUCAAAAUGUUUUGUAUUUAUAAAAUGAAAACAAACCUAUAGGGAUAGAUUUAAGUCCAUUAUAAAUGUGGAUAUUAAAUUUUAUUCACAAUUUU